AUGUCAGCAGCGGAUAGACUUGUCCAGGAUCUCAACAUCUUGAUAGAAUCAACAGUGUCUAAUAUCACAACCACUAUAUCCAAAGUUCCGGGAUCAGCGAUAGUGAUAAGAUACGUGCAAUCCUCGUACCAAAAUGAUCCAGCGCGGUCAGUUCUCGAGUUGCUAUUGCUGCUAUUUGCUGUGAGGUACUUCUUGGCAUCGAAAUAUUCUUAUAACAAAAAGAAUUAUGUUCGACUAACAGAGGAUGAAGUAGAAGAAUUGAUUGAAGAUUGGACACCCGAACCGUUGAUUAAGCCAAUUACUGAACUGGAUCAAAAAAAUAUCGAUGAUAUUCCUAUAAUUGAAACACAUAAUGGGCCCAUUGUCAAACUUCAAGGACACAACGGACGCGAGUUUCUCAACCUCACCUCGACUGAUGUAUACAAUUUCAACAAUAACGACCGCAUCAAACAAGAGGCCAUUCGUUCGGUUCGUAAACAUGGAGUUGGUUCAUGUGGUCCUGCAGGGUUUUAUGGACACCAAGAUGCACACUGGGACUGUGAGCGUGCUCUCUCAGAUUUUCUUGGAACUGAACGUAGUAUUCUUUAUUCUCAGGGAUUUGCUACUUCGUCAAGUGUAAUUCCAUGUUUUCUUAAGCGUGGCGAUGUUAUUAUCGCUGAUGAUAAGAUUAAUCUCGGUAUCCAAAAGGGUAUGCAGUUAUCUCGUGCUAGUGUUUUUUGGUACGAGCAUAAUAAUAUGGAAGAAUUGGAGAAGGUCAUGAUCCUUGCUAAUAAGAAGAAGCAGCGUGGUCCCAUCCCUCGCAGAUUCCUCAUUACAGAAGGUAUUUACGAGACUGAGGGAGACUCUCCUGACCUCGCUACCAUGAUCAAGCUUAAGCACAAAUAUAAGUACCGUCUCCUUAUUGACGAAUCUUGGUCGUUUGGUAUUCUUGGAGACCAUGGCAAGGGUCUUCCUGAGCAACUGGGGAUCGAUCGUAAAGAGAUUGACAUCACUCUUGGUGUUCUUGCAUCUGCAUUUGGAUCUGCUGGCGGCUUCUGUACUGGAGAAACUGCGAUGGUAGAGCACCAACGUAUCACCUCUCUAGCAUAUACCUUCUCUGCAACUAUGCCUGCCUACCUUGCAAAUAGUACUACUGCUGUAAUCAACUGGUUUUUCAAGGAUGAUGAAUGGCGGGCCAAGAAUUUUACUAGCAUUCGUCAUAAGAGCCGACUCUUUAGAGAUAUCAUUGCUGAAUCUAAGUUCAUCGAUAUGAAUAACGUUGACAACUCGCCCAUGUUCAUCCUUCGCAUUGCUGAGCCCAUCCUUGACCGCAAGUUGAAGUCUAUUAGUGACAAGGCUCAAGAAGCUCUGGAAAUUGAGGCCUUGUUGCAGUUGAUUGUUGAUGAGUGUCUAUCUGAAGGCGUUCUCAUCUCACGCCAAAAAGUGCUUCCAGAAUUUGAAACAUUCCCUGUUGAUAGAGCGAUCAAAGUUACUAUUUCCAAUGAUCUCACCGAUGAUCAGGUUCAACGUGCUGCUAGAACUAUUGUCAAUUCCUUCCGCGUCAAACUUCAGUAA